CAACUGCCCCUCCACACACACACACAAACACACACACACACACACACACACACACACACACACACACACACACACACACACACACACACACACACACGCCUGCGCUCCUGGAGCCUACGCUACAGACUUGGCUUCCGAUGGUCCCAAACAAUGGGAGGGAGCGUGGAAGACAGGCUGGAGAAGGAUUGGCCAGCUCGCUGGUGUCGGAGUCUUCCUGCAGAGUAUCUGCAGGGCGUGGAUUCAGCGGUUCCCCACCCCGUCCCCAGUCUCAAGUCUGGCCUGGAGCUGGGUGGAGUGGGGGAUCUGUGGUCAGAGUGAGGACUCGGUCCCUGGAACUGCUGGGCGAUGUGCCAUUCCAAUGAGGCUGCAGCGGGGCAGGGCGGCUUAGGAAUGCCAGCCUGUGGUCAGAGCACAGCUUUGAGGAGAUCACUCUGGCUGUGGGAAGGACAGGGGGCUGGUAUGGCGGACACGACGAUGUGCCGCUCAGGUCCCCUUUCAAGCAGGGUCUUCCUGCUCAGCCUCCAGCCGCCACGUUCUACGGGGUUGGCCUCAGCUGCAAAGAGCCAUCUCACCGCAGGUCUCCUUCCCCGAGCGGCCGCAUCCCGUGUCUGAGGGCCUGGGGAUACAAAGGCUGUCCCUACAGUUCCGCCAAUGUAGGACCCUGGGUGCUGGAGAUCCCGAGAUAACUGAAGAGACCCCCCAGCAGUCACUGCCAGACUCCACCGGAGCUCCUGGCAAGGUGUCCAGCCGGACGGUGGCUCAUUCACGCUCUCAUUUAGCCUUGGUAUCUGUCCGGCUGUGGGGAGAAUCGGUGUCCUUGUCCUUUCUGGGGGCCCGGGAUCCCUCUGGGGAACAAACCUGAAAACUGUCUUAUAAAUCUUGUAGUACAAGACAGAUACCACCAUCUCUCAUUUGAUUUCACAGAUUUGGAAUUAAAGCUCCUCUCCUGAGGAAAAAAAAAUGCAUUUAGAACAGUGUGAUCAAUAUGCAAAUUUAUUCAAAACAUGCAAGUGUGUGUUUAGAUUCUCUUGAAGAAAGUGAUUUGGGGCUGGCUGGUCUUUUCCCGCCCAGUGCAGUCCUCCCCGGGCCCAGCCUGGCUGACUCAAGGAGGUCCCGAGCCCUUUUCAGCGAGCCUGACCAGCAGGACAGCCCCCCGGCCCUGCACACUCCAGGGGCCUCGCCCUGUGGAGACCAUAUUUCCGAUGGCUGAGUCUCCCUCGGUGUGAAAAAGAGGCUCUCAGAAGACUCAGGACACCCCCCAUGCACAGAUGGACUGCUGGGUGAAGAGGCCUUCGUGUGCGGGUACAUCUGUGCCCCCCACAGGUGUUCGCGUGUGAGGCUUCCACAGGUAGGCAGUCGUCCCUGGGGUGGCUAUUUCAGUGCGUACAGAGUUUGGCAAUUCUGAGAGCCUGGGUAGUUCCGCGCGGGACAGGCUGAGAAAACAUCUUCUUGGAAACCAGGCCCCAGGCGUGCGGGGGAGCGCCAUGAGAGGCACAGCCCCAAGCCCGGUGGGCCCAGAGGGAUCCCGGACACACAGGGACGGCAGCAGCUGGGGCGGAGUCUCAAAGAGACUCCUGUCAUUUCUCUGGACAAAAACUCCGUACUCCGAGGCGGGCAAUUAACAGAUGAUGGAGCGAGCGCUGCCCUGCUCUGGCCUGGUGGGUUCAGCUGCCCUCCAUCUCAGCUCCCACAGCACCCCUCCCACCUUCUUAGGCAAGGCCAGCUGGGCAAGGCCUUUAGAACCAGAGGACUCCAGGCCUGCCUGCUGGCACCAGCAGACAGAACAAGGGCUCAAGAGGAGCGGGGAGUCCCCUGAACACGAGGUCUGCUGCUGUGCCCCUCUGGCCGCCUGCCUUGCACUAGCCGCCUACUCUGGGCAUGCGGCUCCAGGAGGCACACUGCAGUCUCCCUCUUGUUUCCAGUGCGGCCGUGGCUGGAGCACUCUCUGCCUCCCUGCUUCUCCCCACCACAUGCCCUGCAGCUCACCGCCUGACCUCCCCGGAAGAGCGGCUGCCAAAAGCAGAGCCCAGGCCCCUGAGCCCAAGGAGCCCCAUCCCCUGCCAGGGCCAGGGUCCCUGAGGGGCCAGGCUCAUCGCUGUUUCCAUGGGGAUGUGUGCACUCUGACCCCAGCCUUUCUCCAUCCCUGGCCAAAUAAAGAGGGCUUCCAAGUGGAAACUGGCAGUCUUAAGCCACCCCUCCUCCCAUGCCCCAGGUGGCCCCUGCCUCCAAGGAGGGGAAGGAAUAGAGGCCCUUCCCCCAGCCCAGGCAGAGCAGGGGGGGGGGCCUCCCCACACCCCACCUUCCCAGCAGCCCCUUCCCAGCCCUGCCCACUCGCUACACUCUCCAGACUUGGAAACUUGCCUUUUCCGAGGUCUGGCUCUGCCUGUGCUCCCCCCUGGCCCGAGGGCCACUUCAGUCUGCUGGGACAGCCACCAGGAGCCAGCAGGCAGCACUGCAAGGCUCCUCAGGGCCACAGUGGCCAACCCUCCGUGGCAUGGGGGUCGCUGUCAGGCAGGGAAGAUAGACAUGUGGACUGAAGCCUGGCUGAGGGGUCUCCCGUCCAAGUCCUGGCUAAGAGGCCUGAGCAGGAGGUUUGUCCACCCUCUCUCCUUCCACCUUGGGGCUGACCCCGCCCCCCCAGAGCCUCCCAGAGGCCUGAAGCAUCUGUCAUCAGAGUCUCAGUGGUCACCUCCAAGAGCAAACCAAAGCCCAAGGCCAGGAUCCGGUCCUGGAGGCAAACACAGACCCUCCUGCCCCCAAAAGCCGCUUCCUGGAGACCCCACCUAGCAUUCCCCCACACCCUCCAGGGACUCCACUUCACACGUCCCUUCUGAUCCAGCCUGUCUCCAGUAGGAGGCAGCCUUGGCUCCCUCCAGUCCAUGCUCUGCAUUCAACCAGGAGAAUGUUUCUUUUGUGUGUUUUUUUUUAAUGUUUAUUUUAUUUUUGAGAGAGAGAGAGAGAGAGAGAGAGAGACAGAAU